CAAUUUCCUCUGCGACGUGUCAGUUUGCAAUCGCAUCAUCCAGUCCCAUCGUCCAUCAGUCCAUCAGUGAGAAAACACGUCUCUAUUUGAAUAACAUCAUUUAUUCACUUCUCACUUUUCUCCAUUUCUUAUCAUCUUUGGGCAAAAGCAUCUCUCUCCCUGCAUCUUCUCUCCCACUUCCAUUUGCCCACAACGCGUCUCGAUUUUCCCCUUUUUUUUUUCGCCAUCUCUCUCUCUCUUUAGUGAUCAACUCACUAAAUCACAUCACGUACCGCUAAAUCACCCCAUUUAGUAUCCUAGAGUGAUUAUUCUUACACGAUGAGUUAUUCCAAGAGAGACGAAGACUCUGGCAGGAUAGGCUAUCACCAUUACUUUGACAAGACUACUGUGCUGCAGGAGGCGCGUGUUUUCAAUGAGUCGCCCAUCAAUGCUCGCAAAUGCCGCGCACUUUUGACAAAGAUUCUCUACCUAAUCUCACAGGGAGAGACUUUUGGCACAACUGAAGCCACAGAGCUGUUUUUCAGCGUUACAAAGCUGUUCCAAUCAAAGGAUUCGGCUUUGCGUCAAAUGGUCUAUUUGGUCAUCAAGGAGUUGUCGAUUGUCGCUGAGGAUGUUAUUAUGGUCACUAGCAGCUUGAUGAAGGACAUGCAGCCCACAUCUGAGGUCAUGUACCGCGCCAAUGCCAUUAGAGUCCUUCGCAAAAUCACAGAUGCUUCCAUGUUGCAGGGAUUGGAGCGCUUUUUGAAGGCAGCCAUUGUGGACAAGAACGCAAAGGUCUCAUCAGCUGCUCUAGUGUCUUCAUACCAUUUAUAUGGCGUUGCUCGAGAGGUUGUGAAACGCUGGGCCAACGAAGCUCAGGAAGCCAUCAACGCCAAACCUCAAUCGGCUGUUUCCGCUGCUACAUCCUAUGUAACAUCCUUUGGAAAUGUGCCUCAAACCUAUUCUGCUGUAUCCAAUUCAAACAUUGUUCAGUAUCAUGCCCUUGGUCUGUUGUAUGCCAUUCGUCAAAAAGAUCGCAUGGCUGUCUCCAAGUUAGUACAGAACUAUGCUGCCAAGAGCGGACUUAGUGGCUCCAUACUUCGUUCCCCCUUUGCUCAAUGUCUUCUGGUCCGUUAUGCAUGCAAGGUCAUGGAGGAAGAUCCAAGCUCGACUCGCGCUGUGUAUGAGUUAUUGGAGGGAUGGCUGCGUCAUAAGAGCGAAAUGGUCAACCUGGAGGCUGCUAAAGCUAUUUGUGAAAUGAAGGAUGCUACUGUCAAGGAGCUGUUCCCUGCUGUCACCACGUUGCAAAACUUUUUGUCAUCGGGUAAACCAAGCAUCAAGUUUGCUGCCAUACGCGCUCUUAACAAGUUGGCCAUGACGCAGCCCGCAGCAGUUGCUCCUUGCAAUAUUGACAUGGAGAACAUGAUCACGGACCAAAACAGGAGUAUCUCAACAUUUGCGAUCACCACCUUGUUAAAGACUGGAAAUGAGGCAUCUGUGGAACGUCUGAUGAAGCAGAUCAGUGGAUUUAUGUCAGAAAUCACAGACGAGUCCAAGGUAUUGGUUGUUGAGGCUGUUGGCUCACUUUGUAUCAAGUUCCCUGCCAAGCACCAUGUUAUGCUUAGUUUCCUCAGUGGCGCUCUUCGCGAUGACGGUGGAUACGACUUCAAGCGUGCUGUUGUUGAGGCUAUCUUCAACUUUGUCAAGUAUAUUCCAGAGUCCAAGGAGGCAGCGCUCUCUCACUUGUGUGAGAUCAUUGAGGAUUGUGAGUAUUCAAAACUCUCAGUCAAGAUACUUCACUUGCUUGGAGUGGAGGGUCCUAAAUGCCCACAACCCACCAAAUAUAUCCGUUAUAUCUACAAUCGCGUCAUUCUUGAGAACGCAGUGGUUCGUGGUGCUGCUGUCAGCGCCUUGGCCAAAUUUGGUGUGAAUGUCGAAGACGAAUCUGUCAAGCAGAGCGUGAAGGUUCUGUUGAACCGUUGCUUGGAUGAUGCUGAUGACGAGGUUCGUGACAGAGUCACCAUGUAUCUGAAUAUUAUGAAGAGCAAUGAUGAAAGGGGAUAUGUUAAGGACGACUCUACAUAUGCUCUUGCCUAUCUUGAGCGCCAACUCCUUAACUAUGUUUCCAAUCCAGAGUUGGCGGACACGCCUUUUGAUCUCUCCGCUGUCCCCAAGGUCUCACGUCAGGAGGAGCAGGAAUCCAGAGGUCCUCAGGAACAGGCUGGUGCUAUUCAGACCUUGGGUGGCAACAUCUCUCCCCCUCACUCCGGUGGCGUUUCCAACGGAGCGGGCGCUCGUCCAGCUCUGUCUACUACCCCUUCACUGGAUCAGCAAGCUGUCUAUGCCCAAAAGUUGGCCGAAGUACCUGAGUUUGCCUCGUAUGGACCUUUGUUCAAAUCUACUUCUAAGCCUAUCGAGCUGACCGAGUCUGAGACGGAAUACGUCGUUACCUGUGUUAAGCAUGUUUUUGCUCAUCAUGUUGUCUUCCAGUUCAACAUUAAGAACACUUUGAACGAUAGGGUUUUGGAAGAUGUCAAUGUGUUGAUGACACCCGAUAAUGAUGAAUCCUCACUUGUUGAACGUGUGCUGAUUCCAGCACCUCAGUUGGUGUAUGAUGUUCCUGGUGUUGCUUAUGUCGCAUUCGAGAGGACUGUUUUGGAAGAGUAUCCCGAACUUACAUUUAUGAAUGAGCUCAAGUUCAUUGACAAGGACUGCGACCCACAGACAGGAGAACCUGAUGAAAAGGGCUUUGAGGGCGAUUACCAGAUUGAGGAGGUGUCGCUGGCGAUUGCCGACUUUGUCUUGCCAUCUUAUAUUCCUAGCUUCAAUAAGGCAUGGGAGGAGUUGGGCAGUGAACACGAAGUUGUUGAGACUUUGGCAUUGACGACCUCACCUGGAUUGCAGGAUGCUUGCCGCGACUUGAUUGCACUACUGGGCAUGCAGGCACUUGAAAAUUCCGGCACAAUUCAAGGAUCGAACGUGCAUACCAUGAUUCUGUCGGGUAUUUUCAUUGGAGGUAUCCGUGUAUUGGCUCGCUGCCGCAUGACUUUUGAUUCUGCAACAGGUGUGACUCUUCAGUUGGCAAUUCGAUCUGCAAAUGAAGAAGUGAGCCAGAUUUUGAUUGGUGCUAUUGCCUAAAAAAAAAAUAAAAAAAAAAAAAAAUAGGCAGC